AUGGUGCAAACGCAGGUGCCACAUCCACAUCAUAAUUAUGCUGAUGCAUUAUGGUGCACUUACAUAGUUUCUGUAGUUGCUGCCAAUAUAGCUGAAUUUUUAACCUAUCCCCUUGAUCUCACGAAAACAAGAUUGCAAAUACAAGGGGAAGUAGCUGCGAACUCCAAUGGAAACCCACAGGCUGCCUAUCGGGGGAUGGUGAAGACUGCUCUUGGAAUUGUUCAUGAAGAAGGAUUCCUUAAAUUAUGGCAGGGUAUUACCCCUGCAGUUUAUCGUCAUGUUGUUUACUCCGGAAUUCGUAUCGUAACUUAUGAAUAUUUGAGGCAAAAUGUACUUAAGAAAAAUGAUGAUGGUUCUUUUCCGAUAUGGAAAUCCGCUAUAAGUGGCGUUACUUCUGGGUCUGUGGCACAGUUUUUUGCCAGCCCAGCUGAUCUAGUCAAAGUACAAAUUCAAAUGGAAGGAAAGCGUAGGCUGUUGGGCAAACCACCAAGAGUUUUAAGUGCAAGUCAUGCUUUCCAAAAGAUUUUGAGUGAAGGUGGUAUUCGUGGACUAUGGAAAGGCUCUAUACCAAAUGUUCAAAGAGCUGCUCUUGUUAAUCUUGGAGAUUUGACGACUUAUGAUACUGCUAAACAAUUUAUUUUGACACAUACGUCUCUUCCAGACAGUCAUACGACUCAUAUUCUGAGCAGUGGAUGUGCUGGAUUAGUGGCGGCAACAAUGGGAACACCAGCUGAUGUAGUGAAGACCCGAAUAAUGAAUCAACCUACCGACUCGCAUGGAAAUGGCUUGAUCUACAAAUCAUCUAUGGAUUGUUUGAUCAAAACCGUUGAAAAUGAAGGCCUUUUUGCAUUGUAUAAAGGAUUCCUACCUGUUUGGAUUAGAAUGGCUCCAUGGUCUCUGACAUUUUGGUUAUCGUUCGAGCAAAUUCGGCAUACUAUAGGUGCCACAGCAUUCUAA